GAAUCAAAACCCUUGUUCGGUCGUUCGUAAACGCUUUUUCACAUUUCGUGUGUACACGUUUGAAUACUGAAAGUUGUGCGUGUAUAUGUGCGCGCGUACUAUUUGCUGUGGUGCACUUCAUUUGCUUUCGAUUACGAUUUUCUUCUCUGUUUUCUUGUAUUUAUUUUUUUUAGCAAAAAUAUAACAUUUUAGAUUGUUUUUUUGUUGUCAAAUGUUCGUUUUUCUUUUCAAUUUGCAUUUGAUUCAGUGGACGUUUUGCGAUUGAUAUUCAUUUUUUGUGACGUGCGUGUGAAUCAAUCAACCAACGGGACAAAAAGUGUGCGAUAUUUCUGUCAUUCAUUCCUGAUUUUUCGAUAGUUUAUUUAAUACGAAGCCACUUGACAUGUGCUUAUAUCCCUUAAAAGCAAUAAUCAUUAAAUUCCCAAACAAGUUCCAGCAAACAAACUCAAACAACGCCAAGAAAGAAGAAAAAAACGCCGAAAUGUAACUUGUUUUGUGAAAUAAAGUGGAUUAAAAAUGGUUCAGUCAAAUAAAAAGCUCUUCAUUAAGUGAGAUUCUGUAAACAUUGGCACAGGAACAAACGAUAGACCGAGAAUAAAGAAAUUAAAUUACUAGCCGUGCAACAAUCACAGUGUGUAAAAGGCAUUUAAAAUGAACGUGUGCAAUAGACAGCCCAACAAAAUUAAUUCAACUGUAAAAAUUUUGUAUUGGAAAUAAUUGCUCGAAUCGAAAAAAUAAAAAUAAAAGUAGAGGCGAGAAGCAAUCAAUUCACGUACCGCACAUCUAAUAAUUUGAUGUUAAUUGGCUGCACUUCAUCGAUGAAUGGAAAGAUUUUCGUUCCGAUAUUUUCGACAACGACUCAUUAUCAGGUCUUGAGAUGGAAAAAAUGAGAAUCGACCAAAAAUAGAUGAUCAAGUUCCUACCGUUCUUUCAUUUUUCCACUCGCCCUGAAAGCAAUCACAUAUAGAAACGUUUUAGUAUGAUGUACAAUUCCCAAAUGAUGUAUGUUAGUUGAAAAUAGUUGAGAGUGGUGGUGAUUAUUUUCUAUGACAAAUCCAUGAUAAUAAAUACGAAUUGUAUCGUAUAUGAAACAAUAUGUGUCAACGAUCUGAGGAAUUAAUGGAUUUGUCAAUGGAUCCAAAUGGUGACAGUGGAAAGCAUCAUAAUAUUGUACUUCAAACGAAUGAUGUAACGAUUGAACCAACGACCGAUAUCGAAGCAAAUAAUAGCAGCAGUGAAACUACGAACGGCAAACACAACCCGGCACCUGCCUUAUCACCAUCAUCAAUAAUCUUAUCAUCACCAUGUAGUGAUAAUAACGAAAAUCCCAGCAACAAUAUUAGUAAUAACAACAAUAAUAACAAUGGCAUCAAUGACACCGCCGAUGAUGAAUACGAUGAGGUUAAACGAUUUUUCGAUAAAAAAUUGCACAUCAUUGAGAAAUGGUUACGCGAUCGUGCAUCACCUGAAAUUCAAUCAAAAUUAUAUGAAGCCGUUAACGAUAUUGCACCAAAGAGUCCAAAAGCUUUGCGAACACCAUCGGUAACAUCUGAUCUAUUUCAACAAUGGUUAUCUACAUCACCGAUUCAAAAGCGAUCGUCAAGUUCACGAGUCUCGCUAACUAGCCGACAAUAUUUGGCAAAUUUGGACGAGGGUGAACUAUUUAUGGAGCUAAUACGUGAUAUUUCAAAUGAAUUAGAUAUUAAUGUAUUGUGUCACAAAAUAUUGGUAAACGUUUGUUUGCUGACACACGCUGAUCGUGGUUCGUUGUUUCUGGCGAAGGGAACGAAUAAAAAUCGAUAUUUAGUUGCAAAAUUGUUUGACGUAAAUCAAGAUACCGUUUUAGAUGAAGCGACUGUUGGAAAAGCAAGCGGCGAAGAGAUUGUAAUACCGUUUGGUGUUGGUAUUGCGGGUACGGUUGCACAAACAAAAACUAUUGUCAACAUCAAGAAUGCGUAUGAAGAUCCACGAUUUAAUUGUGAAAUUGAUCAAAAAACCGGCUACCGAACGAAAAACAUUCUAUCGAUGCCAAUAUGUAAUUAUGAGGGCGAUGUAAUCGGUGUGGCUCAAAUAAUCAAUAAAACGAAAGCGCCAGGUGAAUUUACUGAACAUGAUGUUGAAGUGUUUCGACGUUAUUUAACAUUUUGUGGAAUUGGCAUACAAAACGCACAAUUGUUCGAAAUGUCUGUGCAAGAAUAUCGUCGCAAUCAAAUUCUAUUGAAUUUAGCACGUAGCAUAUUUGAAGAGCAAAAUAAUUUGGAAUGUUUGGUCACCAAAAUCCUCACCGAAGCCCGUGAGCUUUUGAAAUGCAAGCGAUCAACAGUAUUUUUGCUCGAUUUGGAUUGCUGUGAAUCGAGUCACAUCGAAAAAAUUAUUGAAAAACCACAAACAUCCGGCCUUCAUCAACCGUUGUCACGACGCCAAAGUCAUAAUGUCAAUGUCGAGGAUAUAAUAGCACAACAGAACUCACGUGCGCGUUUCACAUUGAUUUUUGAUAUUGCACAAGAUAGUCACACACCUACAAUUGCACGGCCAACCAUAAAUGAUCUGAAUACAUCGUCUUUAGCGCAAAUAGCACAAGUGGUUGCAGCGACUAGUCAAUUGUUUAACAUAAUUGACAUAAUACAAUGGGCGAGAGAACAUCCAGAAAUUCCAGUUGACGACGAACUUAAAGAAACUCAGGCUGUGCUUUGUAUGCCAAUCAUUAAUGCACAAAAAAGUGUUAUUGGUGUGGUACAAUUCAUAAAUAAGGAAAACGGGACCCUGUUCACCGACUCAGAUGUUUCGAUAAUUGAAGCGUUCGCCAUAUUUUGUGGUCUCGGCAUACAUAAUACACAAAUGUAUGAAAAUGCAUGUAAAUUAAUGGCCAAACAAAAGGUAGCACUGGAAUGUUUGUCAUAUCAUGCGACAGCGGCACCAUCACAAACUACCAAACUGGUUCAAGAUAUCAUCCAAUCCGCUGAAGACUAUUGUCUGUACAGUUUCAAAUUUAUUGACUUUGAUCUUGACGAUGAGGAUACAUGUCGUGCAGCUGUUCGCAUGUUUUUACAGUGCAAUUUGGUUCAACAAUUUCACAUACCAUACGACGUGUUGUGCCGUUGGAUAUUGAGCGUAAAGAAAAAUUACCGUCCCGUUAAAUACCAUAAUUGGCGACAUGCACUAAAUGUCACUCAAACUAUGUUUGCCAUGAUGAAAACUGGAAAAAUGGAGAGAUUUGUGACUGAUUUGGAAAUACUUGGAUUGUUGGUUGCAUGUUUAUGCCAUGAUUUAGAUCAUCGAGGAACAAACAAUUCAUUUCAAACAAAAACAACAAGCCCAUUAGCCAUUUUAUAUACAACCAGCACUAUGGAACAUCAUCACUUUGAUCAGUGUAUUAUGAUUUUAAGUUCAGAAGGAAACAAUAUAUUUCAGGCACUCUCACCAGACGAUUAUAGACGCGUUAUGAAGAUUGUCGAAGAAGCAAUCUUAUCAACUGACUUGGCAAUGUAUUUUGAUAAAUACAAAAAAUUCGCCUAUUGUGUGGAAAAUGGUGAAUUUGAUUGGCAGACCGAGGAUAAAAAAGAAUUGCUUUGUGGUAUGAUGAUGACGGCAUGUGAUGUGAGUGCCAUUGCAAAACCAUGGGAGGUACAGCAUCGUGUUGCAAAAUUGGUAGCCGAUGAGUUCUUUGAUCAAGGUGACCUCGAAAAGCUGCAGUUGAACACAAAACCAAUUGCUAUGAUGGAUCGUGAACGGAAGGAUGAAUUGCCACAGAUGCAAGUGAGCUUCAUCGAUAUGAUUUGUUUGCCUUUAUAUAAAAUGCUGUCGGAUACAUUUCCAUGGAUAAAACCACUGUAUCAAGGAACGUUGAACAAUCGAAACCAUUGGCAAGACUUAGCCGAAAAAGUUGAAAUGGGUUUAACAUGGAUUGAUCACGAUACAAUCGAUAAACCCGUCGAAGAAUUUGGAGCAUGUGCCGACGAAGUGAAAGGUAUCGAAUUCAGUAUUACCACAUUGAAUUGUGCACAAGAUCAAAAUAAUGUUGUGCCAGAGCAACGACGAAAGUUUAGUAGUUUACGAAAAACCGGAGCAUUAUCAAAAGCAGUUCGAUCAAAAAUUUCAAAGUCAUUUUAUAGCAAUUCCAAUAGUAGUAAACAAGAUAAAUCGACAACGGGCAAUGUUCAAGUGAGUGAUUGUGAAAAAAUUAGCGAUAUUCAAUUUAGCGGUAAAGAAAAGACAACGGUGUGCACGGAAGCGACAACAACUAUGGAAAAAUUGCCAACGAACAAAACAAAUGAAAAAUUUGAAAAGCAUAAAAAGCGUUCAAAACUAUGCCAGUUGCUAUGACCAAAGUUUAAAAUGACCGAAACAUAAAUUAAAUCAACAAAAAGGACAUUGAGAAAAAAAAGAAGAACGAAUUGUGGAAAAUGCGGUUGGAGAAGAGAUGGCUAAAGUAAAAUAAAGCCAAAAAGAGUGAGAGAAAUGCGACAUUUAAGCAAUAGUUAUACGUAUUUCAACUUUUGACCGUAAAUAGUUGUACCACAAUUGGUUGGGUCGCCUUUUGAUGUUUAUUUUUGUGAAUGGAUAUCAAAUGUGUCAACGAAUACGUUUGCAUUCGAUCGGUUAAAAUGCUUUUUGAAUUGCGAACAAACAUAAAAAUGUUCGUUCCAUUCUAUUUUGUUGUUUGCAUCGACUAUGUCAUCAUCAAUUCCUUCGUUGUAUCAUUCACACAUUUUUUCAGGAUAAGAACUUUUGCUUGGCAUCCAACCGAUUUGUCCUUGAUGCUAAGCGGCUUUCAGGAAAGUAUUUGAACUCUAUGUGUGUAUAAUCAACGUCUAUUUUGCAACAUAUAUUAUGAGUGUACUAUCGUUCUUUGAAUGUUUGCUCGUUGAACCAAGUAAAGUAACAAGUGCACUGCGUUUUCGAUUCUAAAUAAAAUGUAUAAAAUGCAUAUUUUUUCUUAACUAUUUUAGUUUUGUUUAAUUCUAAAUUGGCAAUGCAGACGAAAUUUUGUAAAUCAAAACGAAUACUAGUUGAAACGAAAUAAUUAUGUGAGAAAAAAAAAA